UUGUUCCCAACAUUUGCUUACUUCACAAUUUAUUCUCAUUUUCAGCAAAAAUUCCGUCUAAAAAUGAACUUUUUGAAGGACAAAUCCCUGUCAAUUACGGAAAUAAAGGCUCAGGACAUCCGUUUUCCGACUAGUUUAAAAGCUGAUGGCUCCGAUGCGAUGCACAAAGACCCGGAUUACUCUUGCGUUUAUGUCACGAUCAAAACAGAGAAACUUUCCGGCUAUGGAAUGACCUUCACGUUAGGCAGAGGGAACGAAAUCGUGCUAAAAGCUGUAAAUUCGUUGACUUUUUUGGUGAAAAACCGCUUGGUUCAUGAAAUUUUCUCAAAUUUCGGAAAUUUUUGGCGAGAAUUAACAAGCGAAACGCAAUUACGAUGGAUCGGACCGGAAAAGGGCGUCAUGCAUUUAGCAACAGCUGCAAUAAUCAACGCUCUGUGGGACUUGUGGGCUCGAAUUGAAGAGAAACCUGUAUGGAAAUUAUUAUCUGACAUGGAACCGGAAAUGCUCGUGUCGACAAUCGAUUUCCGGUACAUCACGGAUGUCAUUACGAAAGACGAGGCAAUUGAUUUACUGAAAUCUCGUCAAGAAAACGGAAAAAAUGAGAGAAUUAAAGAACUUUUAGCGAACGGAUAUCCCGCUUACACAACUCAAGUCGGUUGGAUCGGUUAUUCCGAUGAAAAAAUCAAAUCACUGUGCAAAGAAUAUUUAGCUGCCGGUUACACAGCUUUUAAGAUCAAAGUUGGUCAAAAUUUGGAAAAUGACAUUAAACGUUGCCAACUUGUACGUGACGAAAUCGGUUACGAAAAAAUUUUAAUGGUCGACGCGAAUCAAGUUUGGGAUGUACAAGAAGCCAUUUCGUGGAUGUCUCAACUGGCAAACUUCAAACCCUUAUGGAUCGAGGAACCAACAUCGCCCGAUGAUAUUUUAGGACAUGCCACAAUCGCGAGGGCGCUUGAAAAGUUUGGAAUUUAUGUCGCAACGGGUGAAAUGUGCGCCAAUCGCGUGAUGUUUAAGCAAUUUUUGCAGGCACGAGCUUUGGAAUUUUGUCAAAUCGAUUCGGCGCGCAUUGGAGGCGUCAAUGAAAUUUUGUCCGUGUAUUUGAUGGCAGCGAAAUUGGGUGUGAAAGUUUGUCCGCAUGCCGGAGGCGUUGGAUUGUGCGAAAUGGUGCAACAUUUGCAAAUGUGGGAUUUUGUUUCGUUGUCGGGGACUAAAGAAAAUCGUUGGAUUGAGUUUGUGGAUCAGCAGCAUGAGCAUUUUGUGGAGCCAGCGAUUGUUAGGAAGGCUUGUUACAUGCCGCCGACGAAGCCAGGGUACAGUACGAAGUUCAAAGCUGAUGUAAUUGACAAGUUUGAGUAUCCUGGAGGCAGUGAAUGGCAAAAAAUUGGCAAAUAAAUGAUGAUUUUGACACACAGAAAAAAAAACGUAACACAAAUCGUAACUUUGAUGAAUUUUUGAUAAAUUUUGACACACAGAAGAUCCCCAAAUCGUAACUUUGAUGAAUUUUUGAUAAAUUUUGACACACAGAAGAUCCCCAAAUCGUAACUUUGGUGAUUUUUUUCAAGUUUUGACACACAGAAGAUCUCCAAAUUGUAACGCUCCUGUAAAUUUAUAAUUUUUUUUAUUAAUUUUACUUAAUUACUCAUGAGAAAAAUAAAAUAUCCACAUGCAAAACCGAAAUAG